UCCCCCCCUCCGAGUUCUUCGUUUCUCCACAUUUCUUCCGUUGUGUGUUCAUUUUUUUACACUUAUAUACACAUAUAUAUGUCAGUGGGUACAUAUGCAUGUAUCACAUUGCACAAGGGACUACACAAUUGCCGCAGUUCCGGACGGGAUAAACUUUAGCACGACCUUCUGUUGUUUGCCUUCUUAAUUCAACAGAAACAUCGGGAUAUCGAUUCACUUUCCCGAUGGCAGAUCACGAUAACAUUUACGACGACGAGGAGCUAGUAUCAACAAAUCCAAAUCAAAGGAAUUGGCGUGGCAUUUUGAUAGCUUUACUCGUGAUCGUUGCGGUCCUCGCUUUGAUUGUGACAUCGGUUGCCUUAUUAACACCACCUGAUGAAGGCCCCAGAGUACAAGGCGCUAGAUUAAGACUUUCUGAGGUUCUUUCUGGAGAAUUAACACCUCUCCUCUUUAACGGGUCAUGGGUAAGCGAACAGCACAUUUGCUACCGGGACAUGUGGGGUGGAAUUUCACUACUGCACGUUUUGCCAAAAAACAUCACUUCCCGCAGUUUAAUGCCCAAUGAAACUUUUAGGAUACUGAAUCCUGCCAAGUUCUCAUUGUCACCGGAUCAUAAUUAUUUGCUACUUGCACACAAUGUGAAGAAACUCUUCAGAUACUCAUAUUUAGCACAAUAUACAAUCUAUGAUGUGAACACGCGAGAAACUAUACCAUUGACUCCAUAUCCUGAGAGGGAUGUCCAUCCCUAUCUUUUGUUAGCUCAAUGGACUCCACGUGAUCAUGGAUUAGUUAUGGUGCAAGACUAUGAUAUUUAUUAUAUAACAAGUCCUAAAAGUAACAUAGGAUAUAGAGUUACUGACACUGCAAUUCCUGGUAUUUUAUCAAAUGGAUUACCAGACUGGCUCUAUGAAGAGGAGAUCCUACACCAUGCAGAAGCAAUUUGGAUGUCAUCAGAUAGUCGCAUGAUGCUAUAUGCUUCUUUUAAUGAUUCACUUGUUGAGGAAAUGCAUAUAUCUUGGUUUGGAGAAGGGAAUAAAGCUUUAUAUCCUGAUAUACGAUCUUUGCGUUAUCCUAAGCCAGGAACACCAAAUCCUGUAGUGCGUCUCUAUGUAGCCGACUUGGUAGAUCCAAAGAAUAUUCAUACGAAGGUAGUGAAACCGCCACCUCUCAUCGAGCCUGUAGAACAUUACUUUACAACGGCUUCUUGGAUGUCAGAAACGGAAGUCUGCAUAACAUGGUUGACCCGCGCACAAAAUCUUUCGGUUGUCACAAUUUGCAAGAGCCCAUUGUGGCAUUGCCAGGAAAUUCAAAAGAUAGGGGCUGAAGGUCGUGGCUGGGUAGAUACUCCUCCUGAGGCACCUAUCUUUUCAGCAAAUGGCAGCAGUUACAUUGCUAUAAGUCCAGUUGAAGUUGGACCAGCUGAUUAUUACAAACAUAUUGUUUGGGUGAAUGUUGCUCGAAGGUUAGUUAUUCCACUUACUCAUGGAAAAUUUGAAGUCACACAAAUAGUGGCAUGGGAUCAAGCUAAUAAUACCAUAUACUUUAUAGGUAUUCCACCUAUGCGACCAGGACAAAGACACCUUUAUUAUGUGAGUUCAUUGUUGCCAGACGUGGGUUCAUCUUUACAUCCUCCUGUUUGCAUUACUUGUACGGAAACGGCAGAUGGAUAUCGAAAUGAACAUCGAACAACUUCAUCUAGUCAUCAUAGUCCUUGGUCUGACAAUAGUUACAUACACGAUCAUUACGAGACGCGAACAGAUAGCGCACAAAGCACAGACCAAGGACAAUCGAAGGAAAAUGUUACAAAGAAGCAGAAAUCAAAAGUGUACAAUCCACCGAAAUUCACCGAUCAACCUUGUCAGUACCACAAUGCCAUUUUUCCGACAAUCGGCACUGAUUAUUUUAUCUUAGAAUGUUAUGGACCUAGUAUACCCACUGUUACUCUAUAUAAAACUAAAUUUCCCAUGCCACGUCUUAUUUACGUCUUACAGAAUAAUACAUUAUUACGCGAACGAGUUGCCAAACUUGCUCUUCCACAAGUAAAAACAUUUCCUGUUCAAAUAAGCGGUGGAUAUAAUGCACAAGUAAAAUUGCAUUUACCACCUGGAUUAAGAGAAGAUGAAAUCACACGAUAUCCGUUAAUAGUACAAGUGUAUGGUGCACCAGGUUCACAGUUAGUAACAGAUAUGUUCAAGAUUGACUGGAAUACUUACUUAGCUAGCAGGAAAAAUAUGAUUGUUGCACAGAUUGAUGGCAGAGGCAGUGGAGGCCAGGGCUACAAGUUUCUUCAUGAAGUUUACUACAGACUUGGCUCUGUAGAAGUUGCUGAUCAGCUUGAAGUUACAGAGUAUCUACGGGAUUCGUUGCAUUUCGUGGAUAAGCAACAUGUUGCCGUUUGGGGUUGGAGUUAUGGGGGUUUUGUAGCUGCUCUUGCGCUGGCGCAUCCUAAACAAGAUAUUUUUCAAUGUGGUAUAAGUGUAGCACCUGUUGUAUCGUGGAAACUGUAUGAUUCAGCGUAUGCUGAAAGAUACAUGGGUUUACCAGAUGUUGUAUCGAAUUACAAAGGUUAUGCUGAAUCAGAUGUGUAUGAUAAGGUGGAACAUUUGCGAAAUAAAAUGUUUUACUUGGUGCAUGGCACUGCAGAUGAUAACGUCCAAUUUCAACAGUCCAUGGCUCUUGCGCGCCAUCUUGCGAAAGAAGGCAUACUUUUCCGACAACAGGUAUAUCCAGAUGUGAGUCAUUCAUUAGCAGGGGUCAAAGGUCAUCUCUACUUAUCAAUGGCUCAAUUUUUGGAUGAUUGUUUCCAGAAACAAGUACCUACUGAUGAAAAACCUGGUCUCAUCAGUGGUGGAUUUAGCCUGUAG